UUUUAUUAAUUUACUUUUCUUUUAGGAUUGGGACUACUUAUGUAAAAGCAAGUACAACAUGUUUGUUGAAAACGUGGACGAUGAAUCUCAAAAUGUUGACGACUCCAUCGUGUAUCAAGGGAAUUCAAACAAUCUUUCAAAUUAUCGGAGACACAGUCUUGACUCCUCAUUGGCUGGAGACUCCGCUCAAGCGACCAAUCAGCUGUUGACGUCGGUUUUCUCGGCUUUACACCUUGUGUACGAGGAACAAAAACUGAACACAUUAACGUGGCCCAACGUUGAGAAAAUGUCAAGUUUCUUGUUCCGGCUUGCCAGUGAUCUCAACUUGCCUAAGUAUUGCUAUUGUUAUGCGAUUGACUAUCCUCUGCUUAUGAAGCGAUAUUUUUCAAGCAAAAUGCAUAUAUCUGCUGACAUUGGUGAUUGUGAAUUACGUGGAUCAGGUUGUUCUGUUGAUAUUGAUCCUCACAUUUACUCAAACUUACAUCAACUACUGAAAGGAAAAUCCCUUCAAUGUCCGUUCCCAUACAUUCCUAAUGUUACUGUGAAAACAGAAAGAAUAUUGAAGAUAUACAACUGUUUAUUCACUGAUGACAUGACACCAGCUACUGUUGUUUUCACACCUUUAGUAAAGACUAAUUUCAACGUUUCACAAAGUGGUGAUUGUACCAACAGCGGUAAAAACAUUUUAAAAGUUCCUGAAAAGUCUCCAGAAGAAAGAGUGUUGUCAUAUAUGAUAUCUAUGGGCAUAGACAGUGAUGAGUUGAUGAGUUGGCCAUCAGGUGUCUCACUACCCAUACAAACUAUCUUGAAGAAAUCUUCAGAAAAUCCAGAUUUAUCUUUGCCCUCUGCUGCAUUUCAGCUUCUUGGGCGUGCUGACCUGGUCUCGCAGUUGCAGCCAGAGGCAGGAAAUUGGAAAACCGCCAAGUUGUGUCCAAGUACGGACCCCAUGCGUUAUACAUGGACCGAUGCUGCCUCCAGUGACGAAAAUGACGAGAUUUACGAUCUACUGAGAGAAGAGAAGGAAGAAGAAGAAUUAAAAGAAGAAAGAAGCGGACCGGACUCUUCCGAUGAUAAUGUUACCAGAUUAUUAUUUCCGAGUGACCACCGGAUGGCAGAUGCACACCACCUUCUCGAAUCUUGCGAACCUGUCAAGAUUUGUAUCGUACAGGAACCUGGGAUGGACGACCGUGAUUUCAUUGAACAGAAGCAGGCUCGAUUGUUGCAACUUCUGCAUCGAUCUGCUGCGCAAUGUGUUGGGAGGGGAAUGCUCACAUACAGAACACAAUCACCGUCAGCAGUUCAACCUUUGAAGGUUCCAUUGCUAAAUCUGCAUGGAAAAGAUUUAAGUAAUAGCACCGUUAGCAUCACAGGAAGCACUACGUUUGAAAUUCCAGCAGGUCUCACAGAUUGGCCAUACUUUCAUAAUGGAGUGGCAGCUGCAUUAGCUGUGCAGCCAGAUAAGAACAGUCAGUCAUGGGUGCAUCUCAAUACUGCCUCAACUGAUGAUGACGCUAACUCAAGUAAUAAAGACCCUUCAUUUGAACAUGCAGGAGCGCUGUUAGGAUUUGGACUAAACCAUCAUUUAAAGGAACUUCAAACAUUAAAUGUCCACAAGUAUUUACAGAAGACGCAUGAAACAACUACAGUUGGUCUUCUGCUUGGACUUGCAACUGAUAAGUGUGGGUCUUGUGAUUUAUCCACCAUGCGGAUACUUAGUGUUCAUAUAUCUGCCCUUCUCCCACCAACAUCCACGCAGCUACCCAUACCAUGCAGGGUACAAGCUGCUGCUGUGACAGCUGUUGGAUUCCUAUAUCUAUCAUCUACACAGAGACUUGUAGCUGAAGUCAUGCUGCGUGAAAUUGACCGUACCCCAAGCUCUGAAACAGAAGCCACAUUUGAGAGGGAAUGUUAUGCAUUAAGUGCAGGGUUCGCACUUGGUAUGGUGACCCUUGGCAAGGGAAAUGGAAUGGCUGAGUUAUCUGACUUGAGCAUGUCAGAUCGACUUUACCAUUUGAUGACUGGUCGACAUAAAAGAAACAGAGUUACACGAGCGUGAGUUCAUUUAUGGCA